GUGGAGAUGAGUUCUGUGCAGGAGAUGAACCCCAGGGUCCGGGGGAUCAGAGCCACAGUGAGCCUGCAGAGUCUGGCUGCACGCCUCACAGAGGAGAUCAUGCAGGGAGCCAAGAAACCCUUCAAGAAGGUGACUGAUGUCAGUUCAGGUGAUCCCCAAAGGGCGGGAAUGUCUCCCAUCUCAUUUGUUCGCCAGGUCUUGGCAGUGUGUUUGUACCCUCAGCUCCUCAAAGAAAAAAGCCUUCCUCUGGAUGUAAGGCAGAGGGCACAGAAGCUUCUGGGGUCCUGUGGUGGAGGCAGCGUGGGUUCGUACUCUAAAACCUCCUGCGGUAUACCACACGUCCACAAAAGUGUUGCUGAGUUCAUCACGAGGCGAGAUGGUGGAGUGAGCUCACACCCGGAAAACAUCAUCUUCUCUAGUGGUUCUCAGAAGACUUUGUCUCUGGUUUUGCACCUGAUGGCCAGUGGCGAGGGGGAGACUCAGACAGGCGUGUUGACCCCGGUGCCCUGCCCGCAUACCCUGCCCAUGCUGCUGGAUGAGACCGGGGUGGCGCUGAUGCCCUACCAACUGAUGGAGGGCCGAGGCUGGGCUUUAGACCUGGAUGAGCUGCACCAAGCUUUGAAGACUGCCAGGGGGCGCUGUGAGCCCAGAGCCAUUUACAUCAGCAACCCAGGAAACCCCACAGGUCAUGUGCAAGACAGGAAAACCAUGGAGGAGGUGAUUCGUUUUGCUGCAACCGAGGGCCUCGUCCUGUUGGCUGAAGAGGUGUACCAGGACAGUGUGUUCGGACAGGGCAGAGAGUUCUUAUCCUAUAAGAAAGUCCUGUUUGAAAUGGGAAAAAAGUACUCAGAGACAGUUGAGUUGAUCUCUUUCAACUCGAUAUCCAGCGCCUCUAUGGGAGAGUGUGGUCUGAGAGGAGGUUAUAUGGAGGUAAUCAACAUGGACCCAGCAGUCAAUAAUUAUUUGAGAAGUAUGCAGGGAACCUCCAGCCCUCCAGUUUUACCUCAGCUCGCUCUGGAGGUCAUGGUCAAUCCACCCUCACCUGGAGAUCCGUCCUAUGAAACAUACACACAGGAGAUUCGUCGCACUCUGACAACUCUUUCCCAGAAUGCUCAGCGUGCUUGUGAGUUCCUGAAUGAUCUACCAGGGAUGAACUGCCAGCCAGCGAUGGCGGGAGUCUUUCUUUAUCCCAGUCUGCAUUUACCACCUCAGAUGAUAGAGGAGGCCAAGAUGUUGGGGGUGGAGGCAGAUGUACUUUACUGUCAGAGGUUUCUGGAAGAGGAAGGUGUGUGUUUGGGAUCGGGCUGUGAGAACGGACAAGAGGAUCAAAACUACCAUAUCAGGCUGUGUGUUUUGGCUCCUCCUGCCACGCUAGAGGAGGUCUUGGCACGCCUUCGUUCUUUCCACCUGCUCCAGCUGGGCAGAUUUCCCUGACAGAAAUGUCAAGGACACAGACUUUUGGGAAUAACACCAAAACCUGAUUUACAUGGUUGUCCUCCAAUGACUGUAACACUGUUUUCUUUCUUUCAUUUUGUUUACUGCCAAUUGUUUAAAUUACCACUGUCAAUAAAAGGAAUAACUUACUUAUUGA